GCGAACACGAACUGUUUUCUUCGUGCGGCAAGAUGGCGUUGAGAGAGAUCUCCUCGCUGGAGAAAUUCCUCGGAUUGAAAAAGCUAAAUAAAUACAGUACGCAAGGAGAAAGAAAGAUCCCUGUUCUGCAGAACAACAAUGGUCUGUCUUUGGUUGGUUUGGCAACCAUCAGCUCCAACCUUGUACAUGAGGCUAAAAGAAGAGAACUGCUGGGAGAUUCAGCUGAGCAGAGAGCUGUUGUCCAGCAAUGGCUGGAAUAUCGAUUGACCCGACUUGAUAACUGCUCUAAAGAUGAAGUCAAGAUUAUACUCAAGGAGCUCAAUCAGUACCUGGUGGAUAAGGUGUAUCUGGCUGGAAAUGGCAUCACUCUGGCAGAUACGCUGAUGUACUAUGGCAUCCACCACAUAGUUAUGGAGCUUGCAGUACAGCAGAAAGAAAAAUACUUGAACGUGACUCGAUGGUUUGAUCACAUCCAACACUAUCCAGGAGUGCGUCAUCACCUGCCCCCUGUGGUAGUUCUGAGAAACAGAGUUUACCCAAGCAGUCAGCACUGACCUCCUUCUGUUGUAGUCAUCCUAAUGGGUAAUGCAGGGCAGUCCCAUCUUCACUCCCUAUCCCUCUCUAUGCUGCUCCCUGUAAGUUGGGUUUUCUGUACUGAUAACAUUGGGGCAAUUAGAUCACUGGGACAAGAGAAACAAAUGGUUCUGACGGAUUUGUUGUUGUUGUUGUUUUUCUGUUUGUAUGUACACAUUUGGCAGUGAUGAUGCAUAAUUGUUCCUUUUUCCAAGUUUUAACCUGUGUGACUUUAGGCAAAUAUAUUUAUAAGGCAUAUACUACAUAAAUAUGAAGAAUGGAGCAAAGGAAAAAUUCACAUUAGCUAGUUGAGCCAGACAGACUCAUGCCUGAGGAUGUGCAGUAUUCCGAUUAAUUAUUAAUUUUAAGUUUUAUUUUAUUUUAGAUCCCUUCAUUAAUUUUCUGUCUUUAUUUUAAGCUAUUCAGUUUUCUCCUGCUCAUCAUCAUUUUCUCUUUGAGCUGCAGUAAUAGUAGUUGUAUGGGCAGUGUACAAUGCUUAGCCUGGCAUGCAGAGUUCUGUGCUCUGGGGCAGGGGGCAGGCUACAAGUGCCAAUGCUGCUCCCUUUCCUCAGCAUCUCCACAGCAAGUUGCUUAGAGCAACUGCACAUUAUUUCAUCAUUUCACUGACAAUCCCCCACCCUGAGCUGGAAAAUCCUAUCAUGGCACAGAAGUGGGCUUUCAGCUUGAUCCAAAUGUUUACCAGGCGAAACAUUAUAAUAUCACAGACUUGAGCGUUUCAGAAUUAUUAUUUUUGUAAUAAGAUGUUUUGGACUGUCACAUAUGUUCUCUGUAAAUAAAAAAAAAAUGAUAAUUUGGGUGGUUUAGAGAGGAAAGAUUGGUUGGUUGAGCCACAAUUCUGAAAAAGAUGUUUCUUGCUUUUUGUGGUGGAAAAUCCUUUGUUAAAUAAGGUUUGGGAAAAGUAACCCUGUUGCUUGUUCAUAUGUCUGCUGUGCAUAUACUAAUGAAUGUUAUUUUGUUGCAUUUCUAAACCCAUGAGGCUCCUAUAUGAAAUGGCUAUGUGUCCUAAGCCAAAUGUAGAUAUCUUAUGUCAACAAAAAUUUGUCUUGAGCCAAUAAACAAAAGAAAAAGG